GCUGGCCUCGCUGGAUUCAUCGCUGAGGUUGCGAGCAGCGGCCGCCACUACACGACCAAUGUCCUGCUUUCUCGAGACAUUAUUACUCUGAUGAGCGAGAAUCUUAUUCUAUGCGUUCCAUGAAGGGACUUGAUACAGUUCCUCUCAGCCGUCCUACCUUCUCAUGCUGUGUCAGAAAUUUUGUUGCCGAACACGAUGCCACCUGCUCGAGGACGAAAUGUCGAUGACUCGAGAUCGGAGACGUCAAGUACCAUUACAAACCAGAAAGAGAGAUUUGGUCUAGGGCCAACCAGCGGCUCGGGCAUCUCCAAGGGGAAGCGAUUCGCCUCAGGACUUAACGUUCCCAACGCAGGGAACAAAGCCCCGGUGAAUGGGAAUGGCACUACUCAGCCCUCUGCCACGCCCGCAGCUACAGAAGGAGACAAAGACCCAAACCUUCCUCGAACCGAAUGGACAACAAUGUCAGUGCCUAUUCUCCGUUCCUACCGCAUUGCGCAUCGUCUACAUGUUCCUGCAGCAUUCAACUACCCACACGCCGAAGUCACUUAUAAAUCCUGCGAACUCGCUCUCCGCGCUCCAUCAGCGGUCCACUAUAGACGAAAACUGCAUGAGCAGCAACUUCAACGACGCAAACAACGUCAAUUGCAGCAGACAAGUGGAACGGGCAAAAACAAUAACUCCAAAGACAGAGACAAAGAGAAGGGCAAAUCAAAAGAGACAGCAAAUACUGACAACCCCUCCACUGCACAAACGGGCGACACUAGCGAAGUCACCUCAAGCCAGGGCCAGGCUCAUCGCACACCCACUUCUCCGUCCUCCUCGUCCUCCACCACAUCAAACCUCGGUCCUCGUGAGCCUGCCUCAAAUCUCGCCAGCGCCGUGCGCAAACAUUUCAACGCGCAACAGCUAAACGAAGCCGACACAUUAGCACGCUUUAUCUACGUGGUGCAGCAGAAUGGGAGGCAGGUGAGGACAGAAGGAUCCGAGGGCGAUGGGAGAGGGUCUUGGAUGGGAAGUCAAGGCAGGGCUGCGAGAAAGAGUGAUGCGCCAUGGGGAGAUGUCGGGUUUAGGCUCAGAUUUCGACCGUGACGGCUUAGGAAUGCAAGAUAUGAUAUGGAUUAUCCACAAAGGCGAGGGCGGAUCAAGGGUAUGAACAGGCAACGUGGGAUUAUCUUGUAUAGUAUACUCCCUGAGGAGAUCUCCUUUGGAUGGGAGCAAUAAUGGUAUUGAAAGCAGUUUCACCAAAUAUUCGCCCGGGUGCGCACCCUUUCAGGGGGGGGGUUGGAGGCUAGAGGUGUACUGGUAGGUGAGGACUGGUGCCGAAUCCACCAUGCCGACAUGUAAUUUACCCAUCUGAACUAUAGAAGCGAAUCUCACCAGCGAC